AUGGCCAACCAAUGGGUUUCCACAGACCUGCAGCAGGAAAUGACCUGCCCCAUCUGUCGGAACAUUCUGCAAGACCCUGUCACCAUUGAGUGUGGGCACAACUUCUGCCAAGGUUGCAUCACUCAGCUUAAGGAAGGUUCUAAAUGUCCACUCUGCAAAAGUUCUAUGAAGAAGUUCUCAUAUAAACCCAACCGCCUGUUGGCAAAGCUGGUACAGAAAAUUGGAUUCAAGAGGCAGUUGAAAGAAGAAGGGCUGAGAUGUCCAAAGCAUGGCGAGGCGCUACACUACUUUUGUGAAGCAGAUGGGGAACUUCUCUGUUUGGUGUGUCAUGACUCUAAGGAACACAAAUCCCAUAAAGCAAGUCUGAUAGAAGAAGCUGUUGAGCAUCACCAGGAGCAGAUCCAGUUGCAUGUGGGGGUCUUGGAACAAAAGGAGCAGGAACUGGUACACAUGAAGAUUCAAGUUGACAAGAAGACCAAUCACUUCAUGGAGACACAUCUCACCAACAAAGGUAAGUCGAAACUUAUAGUGAAAGGAUGUGAAAAGAUGUUUCAAGCUAGUGAUAAGGAAAAACGAAUAGGUAUAGCCAUUCUUAUAUCAGAUGAUGUAGACUUCGAUCUGAAAAAGAUUAAAAGAGAUGAAGAAGAACACCACACAGCCCAGGUGGAUGUUGAGAAACAAAAGAUCCACUCGGAAUUCAAGCACCUGCAUCAGGUGCUGGAGGAGAAUAAGAACUUCCUCCUGUCCAACAUCGAGCAGCAGGCUCAGCAUGGAGUCAAAGAGUGUGAGUGCUACAACACUGCCAUCCAGGCACAGCUCAAUUCUCUCAAAGAUCUCAUGGGUUGCCUGAAGACCAAGCAACAGAUGCCACCCAGACAGUUGCUGCAGGAUAUCAAAGGCACCUUGAAAAGGAGUGAAGAGUUUCAGGUUCAAUUUCACAGCAAAACCCCAAUUCCUCUGGACCUGGAUCAACAAUUUAAUGAAGCAAAGUCCAGACAUGACUCCAUGAUUAAGAACCUAAGGAAAUGUGGAGAGCUGCUCCAGGCUAACAGGAAGAAACACCAAAGCAAAACUCUCCAAGACAAGAGUGCAACCCAGAGGCAGAGUGGUGACAAAACAGCCUACCCAGCAUCCUCAACUCAUCACACCCCAGCUCAAAGCCAACCUCGAGUUCCAUCCAAAUUCGAGAUAAACAGCACCAACCCUGAAUUCAACCUGCCUCGAAGAAGAGCCUCUCUUUCCAUUGUUCCCAGGAAUGCACAAGUCAUCGACACCUGGGAAACCGGGAACUUACGACGUUACGUGAGCAAUAUUGAGCUCCAGCAGGUGUUGACUCCUGUGAUGUUUGACAUUGACUCGGCCCACCCUGAUCUCAGCUUUUCCCAGGAUCUGAAAAUGGUGAAUGUGAUCCCUCAGACCCACUCAAUAUUUCCAGUAGAGCAGCAGCGCUUCUACCCGUUCCGUUGCGUUCUGGGCUCACCAGGCUUCUCCACUGGUCGACAUACCUGGGAGGUGGAGCUCAGUGGGUCCGAGGGUUAUGGGGCCGGUCUCGUGGGCGUGGCAUGGGAAAAAGUGCCAAGGCAGGGCAGCUUGACCAUGGAGCCCGCGAGUGGCUUCUGGGUGCUGCGCAUCACCAGAUUCCAAUGCCAGGCACUCACUGGGAGAGAUUCAUGGAAGUACCUCCCAAUCUGCUCCAGAAGAGUGGGUGUCAGCGUGAAUCUCGAGGGCAAGGAGGUCACCUUCUAUGACGCGGCCACCAAAGACCACAUCUACACUUUCCAGGCCUCCUUCCCGGGGAAGAUCUUCCCUUUCUUCAGGCUGUUGUUCCCUGACACCCAGAUCACUCUGAACCCCUAG